AUGGCUGCACUCAGGUUCCUGCUUCUCAAAGCAACAGCCAUAAUCUGGCUGCUUCUGAUCCUGCACAACAUGCCAUCCACUUCCUCCCUUCAAGCUAAGAGAUCGAAUGCAAGUUGCAUCGCGAGUGAGAGGGAUGCACUGAUUUCACUGAAAGCCAGCUUAUCAGAUCCUAUGGGCCGACUCUCAUCAUGGAGAGGAGAUGAUUGCUGCCAAUGGAAGGGUGUCCACUGCAGCAACACAACCAGUCAUGUUGUCAAGCUCGACCUCCACGGCGAAAAUUUUUACUGCCGCCCUGCAUAUUCUAUAGCUGAUUCUGCCUACGCAGUGGGAGGUGAGAUGAGCUCCUCUUUAGUUGGAUUACAGCAUCUGAAGCAUUUAGACUUGAGCUGCAACAACUUCAGUAGCGCAAGCAUCCCAAACUUUAUUGGCUCCCUUAAAAGUCUUGAAUAUCUUAACCUUUCCUGUGCGGUAUUUGGGGGGAGAAUACCUCCACAGCUUGGUAACCUAUCCAAGCUCGUCUAUCUUGAUCUUAAUUCAUGUUGGGGCUCUCCAUACUCGGAGAGUCUUUCAUGGUUGUCACGUCUUUCCUCUCUGAAGUACCUUGACAUGAGCUUCACCAAUCUUAGCAGCGCAGUAGACUGGAUUCAUGCAGUUAGCAGCCUUCCUUUACUAGAAAUUGUUCAUCUUGGAGGCAGCGAUCUAAGAAACACAAUUGGCAGUCUCAUACAUUCUAAUCUAACUACGCUACAAGUGCUUGACAUCCAAUUCAACCCCUUUCAUUCUGCAAUUUUCCCCAAUUGGUUUUGGCAUAUAACAACAUUGACUUAUCUUGACCUCUCCGAAUCUGGCUUCCAUGGUCCAAUUCCUUAUGAGAUGGGAAAUAUGACAUCACUUGAGCAAGUAUACAUAGGUGGCAACAAUAUUACAGGUUUGAUACCACCAAAUUUGAAGAACCUGUGUAACUUGAAGGUUUUGGAUCUCUCAUCAAGUAAUGUCACGGGUAUUAUAGGUGAUUUGAUGGAGAGGUUGCCAAAAUGUUCAUGGGACAAGCUAUACUGGUUGGAUUUUUAUAAUAACAACAUUGGUGGGAAUUUGCCUACUUGGUUAGAGCCUCUAAAUAAUCUGAACUGCUUAAAUUUGUGUGGAAACUAUAUCACAGGCACUUUACCAUUGUGGAUAGGAGGGCUUCACAAUUUGACUGUACUAAAUCUUGGCUCUAACCGCUUGGUUGGUGAAAUAUAUCAAGAACAUUUGGAACGAUUGCCAAAUUUACAAGUAUUGCAAAUGUCUGAUAACUCUCUUUCCUUGUUGGUACGCUCUAAUUGGAUUCCUAAAUUUAAAUUAGAUGUGCUCAGUCUCAGGUCCUGCCAGCUUGGACCUGCCUUUCCAUCAUGGAUUAGAUGGCAAAGGAGUAUCAGUGUUCUUGACAUUUCGAAUGCAACUAUAGAUGACAAUAUACCUGAUUGGUUGUGGGCAAUACUUUCAACAGCUACCUUUUUGGACAUGUCAAAAAAUCGACUACGUGGUACAUUACCAAGAAAUCUUGAUGAAAUAAUGCCAGCAGGAGACAUGAUUGACCUUAGUAGUAACAGAAUUACUGGUCCAGUUCCACGUCUUCCUAGGAACAUAGAGUAUCUUGACCUCUCCAGGAACAAUUUAUCAGGUACAUUACCAGCUUUUGGAAACCAGAGUUUACAAAUGUUUGCUCUUUACAACAAUUCAAUUUCUGGAAGCGUACCAUCUUCAUUGUGCCUAGUGCCAUACUUGUACAUAUUAGACAUAUCAGGAAAUAUGUUAUCAGGAGAGGUGCCCACUUGCAACAGAGAUUUUGGCCCAUUCAGAUAUAUGGUUGCACUUAAUUUAAAUAGCAAUAAUUUUUCUGGAACUUUCCCGUCAGCUCUUCAAAUGUCCCAAGAACUAGUAUUCCUUGAUCUUGCAUAUAAUCAAUUCUCUGGAAAUUUGCCAGCAUGGUUAGCAGAUAAGUUGCCAUCCCUUGCACUUUUACGAUUGCGGUCCAAUAAAUUUUCUGGCAAUAUUCCUGUGCAACUUACAAAUAUUCAAGGGCUUCAGUAUAUGGACCUUGCAUGUAACAACAUUUCCGGUCAAAUACCUGAGUCCAUAGUGAACUUGAGUGCAAUGGCUCACACUUAUGGAUAUAGUGAUUCCCUUUAUCAGCUUGAAUCAUUUGGAAUGGGGGAUACUUAUAAUGCUAUGAUUUGGAAUGCUUAUAAUGCUAUGAUUUUCUAUGAAGAAACCGUAUCAGUGCUAACAAAAAGGCAGCAACUAGAAUUUUCUCAAGGAAUCAUGUACAUGGUAAAUAUUGAUUUAUCAUGUAACAAUUUGACCGGAGAGAUUCCUCAAGGCAUUAGUGCUCUGGUUGCUUUGAAAAGCUUGAAUUUUUCUUACAAUCGUUUGAGCGGGAGAAUUCCCAGUAAUAUUGGUGGCAUCGGGGCAUUGGAGUCCCUAGACUUAUCACACAAUGAGCUAUCUGGACAGAUCCCUUCAAGCAUAUCUGCUCUGACAUCUUUGAGCAGCCUCAACCUCUCGUAUAAUAAUCUAAGUGGAAGAAUACCAACAGGGAAUCAACUUCAGACACUGGCAAUUGACGACCCAGCAUCAAUGUAUGUUGGAAACAUUGGCUUAUGUGGGCCUCCACUCCCAAAUGGUUGCCCUGGAAAUGUAACAAAUAAUUCUCCAGCUGAGCCUAAGCAGCAUCAGGACGAUGGGUUGAUGAACUCCAUCAAACUGAGCAUGAUUUUCGGCUUCAUCGUUGGUCUCUGGGUGGUCUUCUGCAUUAUGUUGCUGCAUAAGGGACUAAGGUACUCCUAUUUCCUCUUCAUUGAUUACUUGUGCCACAAGGUGUGUGUGCAUAUGAUUGUCACUUGGAACUCCUUGGUGAGAAGGUACUAG